UACGUUAGGUAUUUUAGACAUUGUAGUUCAAUUCUUAACGCCGAUGAUCUUUUAAUAAAUAUAAAAAAAAUUAUACACGAGAUUAUUAUCGAAGUAGUGUCAUCAAAAUGGCAUCGCUAGAUCUUUUAACACCGCAUCUAUCUAAAAUUAAAAUACCGUCAUCUCAACAAUUGGUUUACAAGGAUGAAUGUGUAUAUUCCUUUGACAACCCGGAAUCAGAGACAGGGUUAUACGUUUCGCUAACAUCGUUCCUCGGCUUCGGUCGUAAUUACGUAGAGCAGUACUUCCAGAAGACCGGCAAUGCUGUCUUUUUACACAUAUUUAGAGACAAGAUACCUAUUCCAGAACCAGAACAAACUGGUGAUGGUCCAGAGAAGAAGAUCACACGCCUCGCAAUCGGGGUCGAGGGUGGGUUCGAUCCCGACUGCGGCAAGCCGAAGUUUACGUACACGGAUCAUUACAAUGUCGUCGUUUUGCCUGGAUUCCACACUUUCCCCUGGCCAAAUGAUUCCUUACCCGAUGUGGUGAAGCAAUCAGUACAAGGCGCAUUAGAGGCAGAGUCUCCGUUUAAAAUAGCUGAGAUGGAAGCUUUAGCAGGCACGUGGGACGGCGAGAAACGUGAAGUAUCUGUGUACUCGGUAAAUUUGCAACAGUUAAACAAUGGCGUAAAAGUGCCUCCAUCGGGGUGGAAGUGCGACAAGUGUGACCUGACAAAUAAUCUCUGGCUCAAUUUAACUGAUGGGACCAUACUGUGCGGGAGACGAUUCUUUGAUGGCUCGGGAGGCAACGAUCAUGCUGUUGAACACUACCGUGAAACUGGCUACCCGUUAGCCGUCAAACUGGGAACAAUCACAGCAGAGGGUAAAGGUGAUGUGUAUUCGUAUGCAGAGGAUGAUAUGGUCGAAGAUCCUUACUUGGCUGAUCACUUGAAACACUUUGGUAUUAAUGUGCAACAGUUGCAAAAGACUGAGAAAUCCAUGGUAGAAUUGGAGUUAGAACUCAAUCGUCGAACCGGAGAAUGGAACACCCUCCAGGAAUCCGGAAGUGACUUGCGACCCUUGCACGGACCAUCACUCACCGGUCUGACUAAUCUGGGCAAUUCCUGCUACAUAAAUAGUGUUGUUCAGGUGCUAUUUCGUAUUCCCGACUUCAUACGUCGCUACGUAGAGGGUGCUCCAGAAAUAUUUUCAACCUUCCCUGAAGAUCCUGCCAAUGAUUUCAAUGUACAGACUGCAAAACUAGGAGUGGGAUUAGUAUCGGGACGCUACGCUCGCCCAGCGGAUGGUUCAAGUGGAGAACAAGCCGGCAUAGCGCCGCAUAUGUUCCGGAGGGUGGUGGGACGCGGACACGCGGAGUUUACUAGCAAGAGGCAGCAGGACGCCCACGAGUUUUACUUGCACCUGCUCACGCUUGUUGAGCGUCACAGCCGCCACCGCAGCGACCCGUCCGAGAGCCUGCGCUUCGCCGUCGAGGAGCGCGUGCAGUGCGGCGAGUCGGGCGCGGCGCGCUACCAGGCGCGCGCCGAGCGCCACCUGCCGCUGCCCGUGCCGCUGCCCGCCGCCGACAACGCGGCGCAGCUGCGCGCCUACGAGCAGCGCCGCGCCGCCGCCGAGGCGAGCGGGCAGCGCCUGGACCCCUCUCAAAUAGUUCGACCCCAUAUCCCGUUCCAGGCGUGUCUCGACAGCUUCAUGAAAGAGGAGGUUAUAGAACAAUUCUUCAGCUCGGCUGUUAAUAAAAAAGUUACUGCUAGGAAGAUAACACGCCUUGCCACUUUCCCGGACUACUUGCUGAUUCAGUUGAAGAAAUUCACAAUUAAGGAAGAUUGGACCCCUGCCAAACUGGAUGUUGCUGUCGAUAUGCCUUGGGAAGUCGACCUAAGUGUGUUACGUGGACGUGGAGUACAGCCGGGCGAGACUUUACUGCCCGACGCCCCUCCAGACACACCAGCACCCGUUUACGAUGAGGCUCUGCUUGCUAAACUGUUGGACAUGGGAUUCCCCGUUGAGGCCUGCAAGAAAUCACUUUACUAUACAAACAACUCUGGUAUGGAAGCAGCUUCCAACUGGCUUAUGGAACAUAUGACCGAUUGGGACUUUGACAGCAAGUUUGAGCCCCCAGGCUCACAGAACACAGGAGCCAGUGCAAAUGUAGCCGUUGAUGAAGCAAGCGUGGAACAGAUAACCAGUAUGGGUUUCACAAGCGCUCAAGCCGCCCGUGCAUUGAGAUCCACCGAUGGAGAUGUGGCCAGGGCUUUAGACUGGAUCUUCAGCCACGCCGACCAGCUUGACAGUGAUGUGCCCUCUGCUCCCGUUCAAGAUAGGACUCUUGGAUGCAGGGAUGGACCGGAGAAAUACAAGCUUGUGGCAUUCAUUUCACACAUGGGAACAUCAACAAUGGUUGGUCACUACGUGUGCCACAUCCUCCAUGAAGGCAGAUGGGUCAUAUUCAAUGACAAUAAGGUUGCUCUCUCAGAAAACCCUCCCAAAGAUCUCGGAUACUUAUAUCUGUAUGAAAGGCUGUGAUGUUUAACGAGUGAUCAUUUGGCACCAAAAAUGACUUCAAGAAGUAAAUGUCUUAGACUGCGCUAAUGUGUUUUAAACAAUGUUAAGAUGAUCUUAAAAUGAUUUAGUCACUAUUUAUUUUAUAAAACGAAGAUUUUCAAUAUUUAUGAAAUCCCAAUUUCCAUAAAAAAGAAUCUGGAUACCAGAAAUGAUUGCUACUGCUUAUUUUUUUAUUAUUAAAUAAAAGCUCAAUGUGUAAUGCUUUACUUUCUCCGUAUGUGUGGCAAUGUUUUUUCUUUUUUUUUUAAUGUAGUAACAUUAUCUGAAUAUUAAAUUUGUUGCUAAAUAAAUAUAUAAUAGUAUAUUGUUAGAACCAAUUAUUUUGAGAGAGUGUAUUAUGAUAACUUGUGUAAAAUAAUUGAAAUUGAUAUCAAACUAUGCAAUAACCGUAGUGUUUAAAAUUUAAUAGACAACGAAAAUAAAAAAUCUUAUUAUUA